UUUCUUCAUUCAUCUCAAGAAACCAGCAAUUUGUUCUCAAUGGCGAUUAUCACCAAUGCUGCCAUUUUCCCUUCUCUCAAGCUCUCCAACCGAGCACCUCCAUCUUCUCAGAGCUCCAUGCUCUUCAAACCCAUUGGCUCAUAUCUCCAGCAGAGCAUCUUGAUCACUUCUAAGAGUUUUUCUCAACAACCCAACUCUGUUAAUCCCCUGUUCAAUCCAAUUCUUGGUUCCCACGAAGGUUCCAUGUCCUUGAAACCCAUGAGCUCAAAUCCUGAGAAGAGCAUUUUGAUCACUUCUAAGAGUUUUUCUCAACAUCAACCCAUCUCAGUUAAUCCCCUGUUCAAUCCAAUUCUUGAUGCCCAUGGAGAUGUCAUGAGAGCAAUUCCUAAUUUGGGUACCUUCGCCUCUGAUCAGCCCCUGUUCAAUCCCAGUGGUGAAGACUUCAAUCUCAAUGGUGAAGACCAAGAAGAUGUUAUUCUGAAUCUUUUCGUUCCAGAUAUUUUGAGUGCUAAAGGGAACUUGAGUGCAGCUAUAUCAGAAAAGGCUAAUCUUUUGUGGCAGAUAUACCAGAGAAUGAAUAUACAAAAUCAAAUAAAUGGAGAAGCAAUCUCUUUCAUUGAUGCCCAUGAAGGUAAUAUUCUUGAUGACCAUGAAGGAUACCUCAAUGGAUGGAGGAACAAAUAUGGAAGAGGAAAGUGGCUAGUUUUGCUACUGGAGGAUCCAAGUCAUACCGAGGAAUUAGUUUCAACAACAAUACCAGCGAUUUUUCCAUAUUUAACUGCCUGGAAUGCAAGGAUACUGUUGGAAAUAUCUCGUCAACAAGGAUAUGCAGUUGUCAUCGUGGCUGCCAGGCUGGAGCAUGCUGUGGUCUAUGUGCAAGAGAUGAGAGGCUACGGACUGAGAGCAGACUUUGUGCAAUCUAAAAAGUGACAUGAAUUGGUUCGAAAAGGACGGGGGGAGUUUUUCGUCAAUUUCUGUCAAUCUUCGCUGUGACAUUUUGGACAAUAGAGAGAACAUGGAGAGUGUAUCAAAGACAGGGAGAGUUGAGAUGCUGCGACUGUUAUGUACAUCUUUUGGCAUUAACUAGAUA